CAAACACUUUGGGAGUGGCUCAGGAUAAAAUCCAGCCCAGGAGCCCUGCAGAGACUUGUCUGUGAAGGUGGAAAGAAAAUAAAAAACGAAGUAGACGGAACAAAGAUAAUUACUUGACAUCUUUGUGGCACAGGUGAACAUCAGGGACGACCAUUCACUUUUACAGGAUCUUCUCAAGGAUCAUUAUUACUCUUUUAGUCUUUUGUGCAAAGCCAGAACUUUCCCCUGAGUUUCACCUGGACUUCAGUUAGUAUGGAAUGGAUUCAUUAACAAUGGAAACAAGCGAUUCAGGAGGAAGUUCAGGAGAAAGAGUUAUAACUGAAUCAUUUUCGACCAGCAGACUCACAUCUUUACCACCAAAGGGCUUCAGUGGAUCAGGCAGUAAGAGCAUGUCCAGCAGCACUUGGGGAACUGGCUUUGAGAAGAACAUUCUAACUCAGAACAGCAGCACUUACUUCUCGUCCUCCUCUGUGGGCGUCAAUGCAGGCGGGUCAGGGUUUGAGUCUGGCCUGUAUCUGGGGGAUGAUUCCAGCGGGAACAGCAAGAGCGGAGGAGGACGAGGAGGUGGUGAAGGUGUGUCUGGAUCAGGCUCAGGGUCAAAGGUCAGAUCCAGCUCCUCAGGUGGAGUGAGAAGGACACAAGGCUCUUCUUCCUCUCUUGGCUACUCCCCUACUUUCAUAGAGAGGAAGAGUAUGACCAAUCAGUCAGGAGGUUAUGACGGAAGUUCAAGUGCCAACUCGUCGCCAGAGAUCACGAGGAAGGACUAUGGUGCAUCUAGAGGAAGAUCUCAAAGCAGAGAGAGUGAAAUCAGGGCCAGAUUGCAGAGUGCUUCUCCCUCAACCAGAUGGACAGAGCUGGAUGAUGUGAAGAAGUUGUUGAAGGGCAGUCGCUCGUCCAGUGUCAGCCCCACACGUUCCUCCACCUCCUCCACCCUGCCCGUGCCCCGCAAAGCCACAGUGGAGACUAAGAUCAUCAAGCAGGGCACUCAGACUGCCUCAGGGCAGUAUGACAGCAGCAUUCUGGAGUCAGCACUCCCAUCCUACACAUGGACCAGCUCCACACUGCCCUCUAAUGUCUCCACUGGGUCUGCCUUUGCCUAUCAAAGCAGCACCAACAACAUGUCAGCAGGAUCUUCUCUCGCAAACAGCACUGUACCAUCCUCACUAUCAGUGUAUGGCUUCCAGAACAAUCUUGCCCCAACCUCUAGUGCCGUUCUCACAUCAAAUGGAAUUAACACAUCAAAUGGAGUUAACUCAUCAAACGGAGUUAACUCAUUUAGUGGAGUUAACACAUUCAACGCAGUUAAUGCUCAUUCAGGAUAUGGUGUGCAGAAAAACAUCUCUCAGAGUGUAAGCAGCUCUGGAGUUGUUAGUACUGGAGUCUCCACUUCUACAGGCACUGCUACACAGUUGGUCAAAGAUGAUGUACCUCGAAAAUACAUUAUUCUUGAGAAGGAGAAUAUUCCAUCAAAAAAGGACACAGAGGUGCUCAUUCUGUCCAAAGACAGUGGAAAGCACUUCACCAGCAGCAUCCCUAAUGGAAAAGGUGGGUCCGUUUCAGAUGUUUCACUGAAGAAGGAGACUUUGAAAAUGAGCUACGCUGAGGCUGCUCCUGCCAAAUCUGCCUCAGGCUCCUACUAUGGAUCUUCAGUUGUGCCAACAAAAGAUAAAGCUACGUAUGCAGAGAUCCAUAAUGAUAAGGACUAUGAUAAAGGAGGAGGGGGCUGUUUCGGCUGUGGUCCAAGCUGCUGCUCCUGGUGGAAGUGGCUGCUUGGGCUGCUUCUCAGCCUGCUGCUGCUGCUCGGCCUGCUGUUCGGACUCCUCGCUCUCAGCCAAGCCCUUAAUAAGCAAGCGGAGGAGGUGGGGGUGCUAAAAGCUCGUGUGGAUGCUCUGGAACGCCAGUCUUCUAACAGUCAGGCUCAAACCAGCCAACUGAUUGGCAGCGGUGACAAAAAUAGCCUGCAGUCUGGCAAGGCCAGCGGAGUGGUCAGUUCUGAUAACAGUCUGAAUUUGGGAGCUACUAAUUCUGCCCUUCAGAAGAGAGUACAUAGUUUACUGCAAGAUGAACUGCAGUCUCAGGAAUUCAGAGCCACCCUUGCUUCCUUAGUGAAAGUGGAAAGAGGACCACAAGGGCCCAAAGGUGACACUGGAGCUCCAGGACCCAAAGGACAUGAUGGUAUUCCAGGAGCACCAGGUCUUCAUGGAACAAGAGGAGAGCCAGGCCAUGAAGGGCCUAAAGGACAAAAAGGAAGUGCAGGCGAUCAUGGUGCAGAGGGACCACAAGGAAUCAGAGGUCGAGAUGGGCUUCCAGGGCCCAGAGGAGAGCCAGGCCCAGCAGGUUUUGGAGAGAAGGGUGAAAGAGGGUCUCCAGGGGAAGCAGGAGCUCGUGGCCCACCUGGUUCAGUUGGCCCUCCUGGUCCGAAAGGUUCUGCAAGUGUUAAUGGAAUACCAGGUUUACCAGGUGAACCAGGCCCACAAGGCUUCAGAGGAGAACCAGGCCCUGCUGGACCCAAAGGGGACAGAGGGGCUGCUGGACCACAAGGAAUUAAGGGUGAUCAUGGUGAAAAGGGAGAUCCUGGGAUACCAGGUUUCGCAGGACCUCCAGGGAGACCAGGAGUGGCCGGUGAGAAAGGAGCCAAAGGAUCAGCAGGAUCACCAGGAGCUGACGGUGAAAAGGGUCAAAGAGGUGACCAAGGACCAAUCGGAUUGCCAGGAAUCAGAGGACCAGCUGGGCCACCUGGUGAUGCAGGACCUCCAGGAGUUCCAGGGCUUCAGGGACCUCCAGGAAUCGCAGGAAAUCCUGGACAACCUGGUGUUAAAGGUGAAACUGGUGAACCUGGCAGAGUUAUCAAUGCAGCUGUAGGAGCUAGCUCUGUGGCAAUCCCUGGACCACCUGGACCCCCUGGACCAUCUGGACCCGCUGGUCCUCCAGGACUGUCAGGUCCUGUUGGUCCUGCUGGCCAUCCUGGCCAACCUGGUCCUAAAGGUGAUAAAGGGGAACAAGGAGAAGCUGGAAUCAUAAUGGAAACCCGAGAGUCUAGAACUGCCAGCCAGUUUGGUGCUUCAGGUGUUUCCCAGGGUAUUCAGGGUAAACCUGGCCCACCUGGUCCCCCAGGACCUCCUGGACACCCAGGAGACUCUAGACCAGGACCUCCUGGACCACCUGGAGAACCAGGCCAGCCAGGAUAUGGUAGACCUGGACCAAGAGGAGAGAAGGGAGACAAGGGAGAAGAAGGGAGUUUUGUGCCCAACUCAGGAACAUUUUUUGCUGGACCGCCAGGGCCACCUGGGCCUCAAGGUCCUAAAGGAGACACAGGACCACAAGGACCCAGAGGAUACCAAGGAGAGCCAGGUCAGCCUGGCCUACCCGGAAGAUCAGGAGGAUCAGAUACAAGAGUUAUUGGUUAUGGAGGGGUUCAGGGUAUUCCUGGGCUGCCUGGGCCUCCAGGGCCUCCAGGACCACAGGGUCAAAAGGGUGAAAAUGGAGUUCCAGGUGCUCCAGGCAUCCCAGGAACAUCAAGAGGUUCAGUUGCACUCGGUACCUCAGGGCAUCCUGGUCCCCCAGGCCCUCCUGGACCACCUGGUCCCCCUGGACAUUCUGGAUCUGCUGCUGAUUAUCGCCAUUACAUCAUGGAGUACAUGCAAAGUGAUAGUAUGAGGCUUCAGAUGUCCAGUCUCCAGGGCCCUCCUGGCCCUCCAGGACCUUCAGUGUCCAUUGAGGAUGUGGCAGCACGAGUCAUUGCCUAUCUUCAGAGUUCUGGAAUAAUUGCUGGAAUGAGUGUUAAAGUAAGUGACGGACCAAGUGGUGAAUCUACUAGAGGCAUUUCCGUCAGUGACAUCAUUGCAUUAUUACAGAGGGACGAUGUUAGACGUUAUGUAAUUGGCCCACCAGGACCACCUGGCCCAGCAGGAGGUGUAAGCCUAGCCAACAUAGACACACAGGAUGUGGCGACCUAUGUCAUCAAAAUAAUGAAUGAGCAAGGACUGACAGGUAGACCUGGACCUCCUGGCCCACCUGGUCUUCCUGGACUGCCUGGUCAACCAGGGUCUACCUACAGUGACAUCACUGCUUUGAUUGAGAGGUCAGAGCUUGGUGCAAGUGUUGGUCGCCCAGGGCCUCCUGGUCCUCCAGGGAGACAGGGCCCACCUGGCCCAGCAGGUCCAUCUGGACCAUCAGGUGCCUCAAGUUCAGGAUAUCGACUUGAAGACAUCCAAGUCUAUCUGCAGAAUUCUGGCUUCACGGGUCGCCCUGGCCCACCUGGCCCUCCAGGACCUCAGGGGCCUCCAGGGAACUCAAGGGGCACAGUUUCAUAUGACAGAGCAAGCCAAAGUUCGUUCAUUCGUGCUGAGCUUCAGGAGUACCUCAACAGUGACUCUAUGCGGCGUUACACAUCUGGUCUGCCUGGUCCUCCUGGUGCUCCAGGGCCCCGUGGUGAGAAAGGUGACCGCGGCGAGCCUGGAUACAGUACUAGUGGUGGUUACUACUAUGGUGUCGACCGUAACGGGGCCAGGUUGACCGAAACAGACUACUCCAGUGUUGCUUUAAGAGUGACUGACUACAUUCGGAGUCAGGGUCUGCUUCAGGAAAUUAAUGAUGAGUACUGGCGGGGACACUCCAUGGGCAUCCAAGGACCUGCUGGACCUCCUGGUCCACCAGGUCAACCUGGAUACAGCCGUGUUUUUGCUGCCUAUGGGAAUGUGACUGCUGAUCUUGUGGAUUUCUUCAGAAUACAUGGCACUAUUCCAGGCCCCCCUGGAAGACAAGGACAGAAAGGAGAAAGAGGAUAUCCAGGACCCAAAGGAGACAAAGGCGAGAUGGGAAAACAAGGACUACCUGGUAUUCAAGGGCCAAGAGGUCAUGAGGGGCCAAUGGGGCCAAUGGGACCAAAGGGUGAGAAAGGUGAUAGCCAGUUUGGUCGGCGGAAAAGAAGCAUUGGCGUGUAGAGGCUUACACUCCUGAUUUACAACAAACCUUUUCACUUUAUGGUGGCUUUUUAUAUGGUGAAGCAAACGUAGAAGGAAGCACAUGAAACAUGUCGGCUUAGUUCUCUCUAGCACACAGUAGUUCAGCAGGGCUGAGGUGGUCGAUUUUAUAUUUUCUCAAAGCUUACUGGUUAAAUGCAUGGUGCAUGGCAUUUAAUCCACUUUACUAAAGCAUACUAUGUCUUCUGAAUUGCAGAUAAAAACUUUUUUUUAAAGAAAGUGGUAUUUUUUUUUAGAAUGUUUCUUACUUCAGUAUCUGUACUACUUCAGAUCUUAGCACAAAAUGGGUCUCAUUCACCAAUUUCUUCUUAAAACUCAUUUCAUGAGUUUUCAUGACUAUUUUGGCAAUUACCAAUGUUCUCUCUUUUGGUAUUUGUUCUUAAGUCAGAACAGAAUACGCACCCAAGCGCACAAACAUGGACCCAAGAACAUGUCAUGAUUCUGAUGUAGGAUGUAGACGUUUCAUAGGACCUUUCUCAAAACCACAUUUAAGAAAAACUUAGGAAGAUGGCGAAUGAGGCCCAGUGUUAACACAAAAUGCUACUCAGAUGAACUAUAUAGCCUAAAAGGUUUUGUUUUUGCACUACACUAAAUUGUUAGAAUGUAAUGUGUUGAGGUUAAAAUGGCUAAUUUGACUUUGAUGUUGAAAACAAUUUUGUAUAAGUUUAAUUAAAAUAUAUUUGAUUAAAAAACUA